GUAAAUGUUUUGGUUAUGGCAGAGCUUGAAAGGAUAGGUUGAAACAGAAAUGUUUCCUAUUUUACCUUUUAAUAGUUUUAAUUAUUUAAUGUGAUAUCAAAAAUGGAUUCAAACAAAAGCAGUUUAUAUAACAGGUGCAAAUAUCAAGUAAGACAAUGGGAGAUUGAAUUUAAAAAGAAGCAUCGAAGAGUUCCAUCGAAGUUAGAUAUACGUGAGGCUAGCAAAGAGGUUCGUAAUGCUUAUAAGACGUACUUUCGUCUUAAGACUGCAGAACUGGAAGUAAGCUUAAUGGACAUUGAUGGAUUUGAAGGCGAGCUUCAAGUCGAAAACCCACCACCGCCUGUGCACCAAAGCCCUGUUAAACCUUCAACCGAGGAGAAUACACCCGUUAGCAGUGAGAUAAAUGCGGAAGGUACCUGGGGAGCACAUUUAAAUAAGCAGACAAAGCCUUCCGAAGUUUUAAACUCUGAAAAACCGUCUGUGAAUUUAAGUUUCACUCAGAAGUUGUUUGAGAAGUCCAAAUCUAAAAAAUUACCCAGAAAGUCAUUGUCGUUUAAUCGAAAGAAGAGCGAUGUAGAGUCUAGACCGCAAUCCUUGUCACAGCCGGACUGUUCGGUUUCGUGCACCGAGCUGCCCCUCAACACGGACACAGAACAUUCUACUUCGCUUGUGAAAACUGUAACGCCAAUGCGUACAUUUUCGCAACCUAUUAGUUUAAUGCCUACAAUUAAUCGUGUAAAUGCGAGUCUAACACGAGACGUGGACGCAGGUUGGGUACGACGCGCGUUGAAUUGUAACAACGCCUUAGAGGAACACAGUGAUGAUGAUGACGUUGUCGGAAACUCUGAAGACGAUCUUGAAGACUCCUGUAGCAUAAUACAGCCCGCGAAAAAGCAAAGGACUUCGUGCAGCAACGGGGAACAACCAAAAGAACUUGCCACGAUAAAUUUAACGCAUAAACGCUUAGAUUUUUCAAAUUUAUUUCCCAAUCAAGAUGGAAGCAGUUUAAGGAAUGGAAUCGCACCCGUUGUCAGUGGGGAUUCGACACCUGUGGUGAGCGAGGCAGUGACCACGGCAGCAAAAACCGACAGAGUUGGUAGCCCCUCGGUGGUGAGUAAAUCUCGCGGGGAACGUGCAUCUGCCCGUAAAGCAAAGCCACUUAAUGCAAUGGCACUCGAGCAGUCGGACGAAGAAAAUGAAGACCCCUUCCAUUCCGAUGACGACGAUAAGGAUGCAGAUUUCGAGCCCAUAGUUGAGAACGAGCCCGAAAAGGCGACCGAUCUUAAAAAAUCGAAGAGAAAGAUUACAAAGAAAAAAUCCGUAAGCAACGACAAGGAAGUAGUUGAAGAGGAAAACUAUGAAUUGGAAUACUCGAUUAAACCGCGUCUCACAAAGGUGCCACGUAUUAAAAGCGUAAAGCAAGCUAUAAUUACAAAGAAAAAGGAAAGCGAAUCGAAGGAGAAGAAAAGCGAACCGAAGUCGGCGGAACAAAAGCUCAUGAAUAGGAUCGAAUCGGGCACUGCGAACAACAAUUACGUCCAAAUUAAUUUGAGGAAAAAAAUUUACGUUCGCGGAAGAUCGAAAUUUAAGCAAAAGAAGAACGCCCUCUGCGGUCCUAACAUGGAUUUGCGCGGUUGCGACGGCGGUAUGCUGACGUGCUUCAAUUGCGGCGAGAUCGGACAUUUCUCUAGGAAUUGCAAGCAGAAAAAGGCGGAGACGCUAUUACCUGCGUCGGUCGCCGAUUCCGACGACGAGGCUUGCCCGUACCCCACAUUGGAAGAGGCGGAGAAAAUGGCGCAGGAAAGCGUUCUCGCGAUCAGGCCUUCGAAUCAAGGCAGCUCGGGCGUCACUGAUGGCGCCGCCGAGGGGGAGAUUGACGAGCACUUUAAUGACGAAUUUGAUAAGGAAUUGUUGGCCAUAACCGAAAAUUUGGAGCAGGAGAUUAGGAAGAUUGAUGUGCAGAAGUACAUAGAUUCUACGACAUAUGUUAGGCCCUACUAUGGUUUGAAAGAUGAUGGAGAUAUUGUAGAUACCCCCGAUGAAGUAUACGAUGCAUUGAAAUUAUUCGGACAUACCUCAUUUCGUGACGGCCAAGAACUUGCAAUCAUGCGCAUACUUGCGGGCAAAUCGACCUUGGUAACGCUCAGUACAGGCACGGGAAAGAGUUUAUGCUACCAAUUACCCGCGUACUUAUACUCGCGCAGGGAGCCUUGUAUUACGCUGGUAAUUUCGCCUCUCGUUUCCCUAAUGGAAGAUCAGGUGACGGGCAUACCCGCUUUCUUGAAGGCGACCUGUUUACAUACGAACCAGACGAAAGGACAGAGGGAAAAGGUAAUGGAGGCGAUCAAACAGGGCAACAUAAACGUGCUGCUGGUCUCGCCCGAGGCGGUUGUCGCCGGUGAAAAGUCGUCCGGCUUCGGCUCUCUCCUGCGUCAACUUCCUCCGAUAGCUUUUGCGUGCAUCGACGAGGCGCAUUGCGUUUCGCAGUGGUCGCACAACUUUAGACCGUCGUACCUCAAGAUUUGCAGGGUUUUAAGGGAACGUUUGGGUGUGACUGUGGUGCUGGGUUUAACCGCAACCGCGACCAGAGUGACCAGUGACGGUAUAAUCAAACAUCUUUCGAUACCUGACGGAAGAAACGGAAUAAUCAGCGACGUCCCUUUGCCCAAUAAUUUAAUGUUGACAGUCUCUCGAGACCCUAACCGGGAUUACGCCUUGUUGACGCUAUUGUUAUCGGACAGGUUUAAGGAUUGCAGGAGCAUCAUAGUCUAUUGCACGAGAAGAGAGGAAUGCCAGCGAGUGGCGGCGUUUUUGAGAACUUCUUUAAAAGGCGAAGCCGUAACGCAAGACGGCAAUAAGAAGCGAAAACGUUAUAAUCUUCAGGCUGAAACGUAUCACGCCGGUAUGGCGGCAAGUAGAAGGAGAACCAUUCAAAAAGCCUUUAUGAGUGGGGAGUUGCGAAUUGUGGUCGCUACUGUUGCUUUCGGCAUGGGAAUCAAUAAGUCGGACAUACGCGCAGUUAUACAUUACAACAUGCCCAUGAGUUUCGAAAGCUAUGUUCAAGAGGUGGGCAGAGCUGGAAGAGAUGGGCUGCCGGCACAUUGCCACUUAUUCUUAGAUUCGGAGGGGAAAGAUCAAAACGAGCUGAGAAGGCAUAUCUACGCGAAUUCGGUCGACAGGCACAUGAUAAGGAAGCUACUGCAACGUUGCUUCGUGCCGUGCGCGUGCGCGUCUUCCUGUUCCCGACACGAGGUUGCGUUUUCGAUUCAAGAAACCGUACAGGCUCUCGACCUACCCGAGGAGAAUAUCGAAACCUUGCUGUGCUACUUGGAGCUGCACGGGAAGGGUUUAAUAGAAUUAUUAAGCCAUGUGUACGUCACUUGCAAAAUUAUUUCGUACGGUGGUGCUAACGAGAUUCGAAAGGCGGCGAAAGAUUGUCCCCCUCUCGCCAUGGCCCUAGCAUUGCACGCAAAUAAAAAGGACCAACAUAAAAAUAUUUUUGAAUUUCCGGUUGUCGAUGUCGCAUCUGCAAUGGGUUGGGAUAGCGGUAUUUGCAAGCACAAACUAAAGAAUUUAGAAUGGGUUACAGAAAAUAGACAACCGAAACGCUCAAAACUAAACGUCCAGUUUUCCAAUUUAGGUUUUCACAUACUCGCGCCGGGAAACCUAACCGAUGCCGCUUUGGACAAAGCCUUAGACGAUUUACACGUUCACGUACAAGAGCAAGAACGUACGUCACUACUUCAGCUGCACGCGGUGCACACCACACUCUCGUCAGUUGUGAAACCCACCUUUAAAAUGUGCAUCUCCAACGACGAUAUCCUUGAAAGCGUAACGUCGCUAAGAGAGAAAAUUCGAGCAUACUUUGACGAUCCACAUCCUCUGGAAAAAUUACCGAAAUUACCCACAAAUUCCGUCAACGAGGAACAAAUAAUAAGUCACACCAGAGCUUUGAUUGGUAUGUAUCGAGACAAUACGUUUACGGGACGAACGAUCGCGCGCAUCCUGCACGGAAUACAGAGUCCCAAUUAUCCGGCUGUGAUUUGGGGUAGAUGCAAAUUUUGGCGCGCGCAUCUUGGCACUGAUUUUCACGCCAUUUGCCAAAUUGCGACGAAGGAAAUAUUGCGCAUGCGUGAUAUAUAGUAUUUUAAGACUGAGCCGUAUAGCAAUUUUAGACGUUUGUGUGAUUUUUGACUAUAAUUUUAUUGUAUGUGUGUUUUAAUAGACAAUGAAAUGGUGUUUACUUUGUAAAUAUAAAUAAAAUUGGGUAGUUCAUCUUAAGGCCAAAGUAAGUAACGUAAAAACACACAGAAUGCAGUCAUCUGACAGAAACUUAUAAAGGUAAGUUCAUAGCUCUCCGUUCAUACGUUUCCUUUUGUUCUUUAGCCAAUCAGAAGACAGCAAAUUUUUAAAUCUUACGUAAAAGUUGGUUGAAGUUGAACAUUUACGUUUCAG